AUGCAGAAGAUCAAGAAAACCAUUGAGCAGAAGCUCGGCGACCACCCCAAUGUCAAUUCUAACCCCGAGACGCAACCUAACUCUGGAGUCGGUCAUGGUUCAAACCAAGGAAACGCUUCAGACUCGUGGGUGACCAAUAAGAUCCAGUCGGGUCAGGGUCAUGAUCGUGGCGAGGGGCCAAGAGCGGGCGGUACGACUGCCUCAGACGUAACGUCUGCUGGCCAGACAAGUGGCGUGAUCGGCGAAGCACCUAGGGGUACCAAGUGA